AUGAAUAAAAAAAACAAUGCAAAGAGUAAAUCGAGGGGAGAAAUUGUUAAUAAUAAUAUUCCUAACGAAAUGAAUACCACAGAAAGCAAUAGCACCACCAAAACAGACAAUACUACGAAUGUGGUUAAUAAAUCAAGUAUUGGGAAAACUUACGACAUUAGUUCUUAUAAUCUACAUAAAUAUAGUACUCCUGAAACAAUAAUUUCAAAUGGGAACAAUAUGAUAAAUGGCUAUUCUUAUGAUAAGGAUUACGUGGGUAAUGUACCAAAACAAAGUACAUCACCUUAUCCUUACAACAAUACCAUCCACAAUUAUAAUAAGUAUCAAUCUAAUUAUCCGAAGAACAUAUCAAAUAAUUAUUAUGGCAAUUCAAAUGAUAGCCCAUACUUAAAUGAAAAAUAUGGUUUGUAUAUUAACGGAGAUAACGAUAAAAAUAAUAUUUAUACAAACCCUACAUGGAAUGCUUCAAACCAACAAAAUGACAAAUAUUCCUAUAUGAAACAAAUGUCACAUAAUUAUCCAAAUGCUAUUAAAUCAUCCGAUAAUAAUCAUCGUAGAAGUCAAAAUCGUCGUUUGUUUUCAACAAAAAAUAUAUUACCUCCAAAAUAUGGUAGAUAUAGAAAAAUGGAUGAAGAAGAUCUUUAUAUGAAUGCCCACAAUUUUAAUCUCAAUCCGAAUCAUAACUCUUAUGGUUAUCAAAAUAGUAGUAAUUUUCCAUCGAGAAGGAAUAGAUAUAAUUCGUUGUGCCAUCCAGGGUAUUCAAAUUAUCGUGAUGAAUAUCCAUAUAUAGAUAAUUUUAAGUUUAGAAAUAUUCCUCAAGAAUUUUAUUACUUAAGAAACGAUGAACAAGGAGAAGAUGAUGAGUACCCUUAUUUAAAAAGAAGACGUAGUUUUUCUUUAGGUGGUUGUAAAUUAGGAUUAGAUAAAUGUUUUUCUAAACCUGAAUAUGGAUAUAUAAUUCAAGGCCCAAACUUUUCACAUGUAAUUGAUAAUACUUCUUCUCAAAAGUGUGAUGUGUUUAAAAAAGUGACAUUAAAAAUAGGAACUUAUUUGGACAAUGCUGUAAAUAUAGUAAUAGAUAUGUUAGAGAAUUCAUAUAAAUCAAUAGAAAAGAAUAAUAACACCAACGUUUACGAUCUAUAUCCAUUUUAUAAUCCAGAUCCAGAUUAUACUAGAAAAGAAAGACCAACAUUAAAGACUGGAAAUAAUUUACUUGAUAAAAUAAAUUCCGCAUUGGAUGGGUCUACAUUAGAAAAACAUAAAAAGCUUCCAAAGAAUUUUGGGAGAAUUGCUGUUCCUAAGACACAAGAAACAGGUAGUAUGGUUGUAGAUGGAAUAAAUAGUAUGUUAGAUAAUUUAUUAAAUGAACCUAUAUCUUAUCAAAAAUAUGAUUAUUAUAGUGAUAAAUAUAAGAAUGUGAAAAGUGGGCAUGAGAAGCCUCUAUAG